UCAAUUGUUCAUAGUUGUACAUUUCGUGUACCGAGAUGAUUCUCAAAAUAUUAAUUUUACUAAUCUUUGUGUCGUUCGUAGUCAGUGAUGAUUCUUGUGUGACAUACAAUUUCGAAAAAAACUUUAAUGAUUGGUUUAGUGAUUAUGGCGCAAUAUGCAGUGGUAUGCCAACGCUACCAUGGAUGAUCGGCGAGUAUAGUAAUUUGGAUUUACCCCCACCAAACAAACUCAGUACCAAAUUUAUAACACCGACACUAGGUGACGUAAUAAGUUGUACGACGACCUUCUUUUUUACAAUGAACAAUGGUGGUGCGAUUGAAUUUGAGAUAUAUACGGAAACAGAAAUCAAUCAUAUGGUCCAAAUUAUGGUCUUUGAAAGUGCAACCCAUGGUGUUCCAGUAGGUAUGGUCAAUCCAAACCCUGCGAAAGGAUGGCGUACUGUGACGAUAGGACCGUUGAACGGCGCAAACACAUAUGAAGGCUAUGUAUCUAUCUUGGCAAUGGCAUCGACCGAUUCUAUCAUUUUAAUUGAUUCUUUUCGAUACAUACCACCGAAUAAGAAUCCAGAGUUAUGUCAAAUCUAUGAAGAAAUUACAACAACAACAACAACCACUUCAACGACCACAACUACAACAACGACCCCAACGACAACGACAACAACGACCACAACUACAACAACGACCCCAACGACAACGACAACAACGACCCCAACUACAACAACGACCUCAACUACAACAACAACCCCAACUACAACAACUACCCCAACUACAACAACUACCCCAACUACAAUAACGACACCAACUACAAUGACGACCCCAACUACAAUAACCACGACAAGUGGUGUACAUGAUCCCACGAACGGAACCGAUUCACCGGAUCCUUGUCUGACAUCACCUCUUCCUGACCCUGACAAUACACAAAACAAAAAUAGUUUUUGGAGUCCACUUAUAAUCACAAUGAUAGUUGUUCUCUAUCUAAUUAUCUUUGCCUUAAUAUGUUUAUUAUUUUAUAGACUUGGAAAAAGGAAAAGAAAGUCUCAAGAUGCAAUAAUUAAUAAAAUUGAAGACAUCCCCAGUACUUUAAAAGUACCGAGGGUAAGAAGUGUAUAUCUAGAUAUAAAUAUUAAUCCAUAUGCAAGUAAUGAAAAUGAUACAGCAAUACCAUAAAACAGAACAAUAAUAUACAAAAUUUGCUUAUGUUUUUUUUAAACUAAAAAUUACCAACUAUUCUAAACAUGAUCUGAAGUCACAAGCUAGGUAUAUUAAAACGCCAAAUCCAGAUACCAUCGCAUCGUAACCAAUUGAAAUUGUGGAGUUUUGUCGUAAGACGUGUCAAGAGCCGGAAGCUUGACGUCCAAAUUAUUAUAUUAUCCAACAUUAUGUGAUACAUAUAAUACAUGUUAUGGGUUUCAUAAGCAACGCGACUAUGAUCAACUUACGAUGCGACUAAUAUCUAUGUUUUAAUACUAACUGUGGAAGUAUAUUAUCAUCACUAUUACCAGUCGGCUGACCGACUUUAUUAUAUAUUAUUAGGAAAGGCUUUAUUCAUAUUGUAUUGUACAUAUAUACCGUAUUUAUUAUAGACUAUAAUAAUAUUUACCAAUAUUUUAGUUGUCAAAUUGUACCAAUACCACUUUGUAUUGCUUUUUGAGACAACCAACUUCUUAAUUUUUAGAACCCAACAGAGAAUGGACGGGCAUUAGUAAACGAUCUCAAAAAGUAAAUAGGUAUUAGAUAUGAUAAUACUUAGAUAACAUUAAAUAAUACAAUAAUUUAUUGUAGAAGAUUAAUCUAAUCACAAAUACUACUAGAGUGGUAUAAAUUGUAUCUAGCUUAUGAUUAUGUUAAUUUAUUUAAUCAUUUAUAGGAAAGGUGAUCAGUUUUCGACUACGUUAUACAUUAAAUUACUUAUUAAUUAAUUAUUACCUAUCUUAUAAACACAAAGAAUAGUAUAUAGUCUAUUAUUUGUAAUGUCAUUAGAAAUAAUGACUAGAAUAUACUCGAAUGUUAUAUUUUUGUAAAGUAUAAAGUGAU